CCGGAAACUGUGUGAGCAGACAGGAACAACAAAGAGGGGAAAGUGCCCGGGUUUUAAACACACCUGAACGCCAAGCCCAGAAAACUACGAGUCGUUCACAGACAGAAGAAUUUUGUUUGCAUGUGAGGACAAGCGUCAUCAGGGCCAACCAUGGCAAAUAAUGCAGAGGAUAUCGAAAACAACGUGGGCACUCAGGAGACCAGCGUGUCCCCUGAACCUACCCGGCAGCCGCAGGAGGGCGUCAGGGCGCGGUCCAGAGGAGGCUCCGGAGCUGGAGGAGGAGGGGGAGGUGAUGGAGGAGGUGGAGGAGGUAACGGCAGCGGACCGGAGCAGAACGGACAGCCCCCUGCCACUGCUCGGCCUCGUGUGGUGGAGACGGAGGAGGACGAGGAUGAGGAGUUAACUCUUAAAUACGGGGCCAAGCAUGUCAUCAUGCUGUUUGUUCCCGUGACCCUCUGCAUGGUGGUCGUCGUGGCGACCAUAAAGUCUGUCAGCUUCUACACGCAGAACGACGGGCAGAGACUGAUCUACACACCGUUCCCUGAAGACACGGAUACAGUUGCACAAAGAGCCGUCAACUCCAUCCUGAACGCCACCAUCAUGAUCACUGUGAUCAUCGUCAUGACCUUAGUGCUGGUGCUGCUCUAUAAGUACCGCUGCUACAAGGUCAUUCAAGGCUGGCUCUUCCUCUCCUCCCUCCUCCUGCUGUUCUUCUUCUCCUACAUCUACCUCAAAGAGGUUUUCAAGACCUAUAAUGUGGCCAUGGACUACUUCACCCUGGCGGUAAUAGUCUGGAACUUCGGAGUGGUUGGCAUGAUGUGUAUUCACUGGAAAGGACCGCUCCGGCUCCAGCAGGCCUACCUCAUCAUGAUCAGCGCCCUCAUGGCCCUGGUUUUCAUCAAGUACCUGCCAGAGUGGACCGCCUGGCUCAUAUUAGCCGUCAUAUCUGUCUACGAUCUGUUAGCGGUGCUCUGUCCCAAAGGGCCUCUGAGGAUCUUGGUGGAGACAGCCCAGGAGAGGAAUGAGCCCAUUUUUCCAGCCCUCAUCUACUCUUCUACAAUGGUGUGGCUUGUCAACAUGGCCGACACAGACAGGCCGAAGAGAAACUCGACAGAAGCAACAUCACCUCAGCAAGAAGCUCCAGAAGCCGCCGCGUCCCCGGCCCCCUCCAGUCUGUCCCAGGACGACGGAGGCUUCACCCCCUCCUGGGUCAACCAGCAGCAGCACCAGCUGGGGCCCAUCCAGUCCACCGAGGAGACCAGGAGGGAGAUCCAGCAGAUGCCGUCAGCUCGUCCUCCUGUAGAAGAUGACGAUGAGGAGAGGGGCGUCAAGCUGGGCCUCGGGGACUUCAUCUUCUACAGCAUGCUGGUGGGGAAAGCCUCGGCCACAGCCAGCGGCGACUGGAACACCACGCUCGCCUGCUUCGUAGCCAUCCUCAUUGGCCUGUGUCUGACCCUACUCCUCCUCGCCAUCUUCAAGAAAGCACUCCCAGCUCUUCCCAUCUCCAUCUUUUUUGGCUUGGUCUUCUACUUUGCCACAGACAACUUGGUACAGCCCUUCAUGGACAAGCUGGCGCUACACCAAUUCUACAUUUAGCAGGACACUGCCCUGAUAACUCUCACCCACAUAGCCCUCCGGCCAACAACACAACUACAGCAGUCCCUUCACAGCCGGGGAACAAAGGGCGAUGCAGGGGCCUCUCCUGCCCCCACAUCCCCUCCUAAGAACUCAUGACGAUGGGACACGAGUUGUUUUUGUUCAGCCUUUUUUUUCCCGGCGCCAAGGAAGGGUUUCCCCCUACAACAGCAGCUGUUCUUAUAUAUUUUAUUUCUGUUUUUAAACCAAGUAGUGACAUUUCCGCUCGACUUGGAAGCUCAUCUUCAAAUUGCCGAUCAGUGGCCGGUCUCAGGCUUGUUCCAUUCUUCGAGAAGUUAGCAGGACUCUUUUAUUUAUACAGGGAAGCUUUACAAGAGCUCAUCAGCUCCUUUUGUUUUCAGCAGCGCCCUGCUUCAUAUCCACUCGUUCAUACCUGGAAGCUUCUCACAGGUUUCUCCAGCAGGGGCUUCACAGCGGGUGCCUUGCUCAGGGACACCUUGGCGGUAGCUGUUGAGCAAAGGGAGAUGGAUUCUUUAAAUCUCCCUUCUAAGACUUCGAUCUUCAUUUUUACAACCACCGCACCCCAAAACAAAAACCAAGCCUUCAUCGAUCUAAUGGACACUGUAUGAUGAUAUUGAUUAUAGAUUGGUAAUUGUGUAGUUUGAUUGUGUUUGAGCUGUCAGUCACCAGAUGUGCUUUUCUCACUGCUGUAAAAAGAAGAUAAGAUGUGAUUUUAUUCCCACUUAAGACACACAAAAACCAAAGCUCUGAACCCGGAGCCACAAAAAAUGCUCUCACGAGCAAAAAUGUGGAAAAACUUAAAAUAUGAGACUAUUUAUGGCACUCAGUACGUUUACAUGCAUGGUAAAGUAGAGCUGCUGUUUUAGCUCGUUAAGGUAAUUUAACUGGACCCCUGUCCUUAUUGCGGUAUUCAUAGCUUUCAGUCACAUGACCUGUACAGAGGCCUAGAGGGACAAAAGAAUGUAGGACAGUGGCAGCUACUGUUCACCACUAUGUGGAGCUGCAGUUCCAGGUAUCAGAUUUCCGACUCAAAAUGUGUUUUUCGAUUAUUUAUGGGGGUCAUCACAGAACUCAGAUACCUCUAAUCCAAACGAUAUUCCAUUUCUAUACUGCUUAUCCUAUUUGGGGUCAUGGGGGGUUGGAGCCAUUUGUAAGAGGUGGAGGAAACCCUUGACUGGCCACCUUCAAUCACAGGGUUAACAGAUGGAGACAAACAACCAGACAUACGCACACCUGCAGCCAGUGUAAAGGCUUGAAGCCUGUUAUUUUAUUGCUUAAACAGACACCACAUAUUUGAAAAUUUCUUGUUUUCAGUCACCAGAAAAUGCAAAUUAUACAGCCAAUAUUUCCACAGGGGUUGUAUGUUCUUAUGAAGUACACACUAGAUUACCUCCUGUGUUGUCUAUAAUAUAUAGCUUUUAGUCACAUGACUAGCAUAGAGGGAAAAAAGAGCUUAUAACAGUACAAACUACCAUUGACCACUAUGUGGAGCUGCAGCAAUGGGCGACACGUUUACAUCUUCUUACAACCAUUAAAAAUAUAUAUAUAUUAGUUUGAAUUUGAGUUUUAGUCCCUUUGGAUUCUUACCCCCAAUUUCCACAUACUCUGUUUGCACCAAUUUUAUUGCAAAGCACACUGCAGAGCAUAUCUCUCCCUUUCUUGUCAAUCUUUGCAAUUACAAUGCAUUCUUCCAUCUCUUGCGUGUCCCAGAAAUGCUGCUCAGCUCGGUACCGCUUGAGAUAUCAGCAAGGUCUAUUUUUGGAGCUAGCUGCAGCCAAACCAAUUAAGUCCAUGUAGAUCAGAUUGAUGCAAACAGCAGGAAAAACGUGCAACCAUCUGGUAGAUUUUUAAAAAUUCAAUGCAAUGUACAUACUCUUAAUAAUAAUCAUAAUUUUCUCAACUGCAUCUCGUCCUGUAGCUUAUGCCGCUGGUCGGUCAGUUGGUCCCAGAGCUACUACGGUGCCGUUGAUGCAAAAAAAUUUGGGGGCUAUUUAUGCUUCCACUCAUUAAGGGUGACAGUGGAUGAGAGGGUUGGGGAGAGACAUGGGAAAGUAGCCAGUAGGCUGGAUUUGAACCCAGGCAUGGAGCACGCCUUAUCUCUAGGCCACCUGCGCUCCAGAAAAGUUAACUUUUGAGGUGAUUUUUCCAUGAAACCUUUGUAGAAAACAUAAACCUUUUUACUUCCUAAGCUACUCACCCAUGGUGGAUGCAAAAAAUCAUCGAAGCAUAUCAAAAUGGACAGCAAAUUAACCCCUGGAAGGCAAAAUAUCUGUAAUUUACACUCUCCUAGUUCUCCAGGGGCUCAGUGCUGCGCUUUGUUCAUGCCAUGGUUCUCCACUGGUGGGUCAAAACCCAAAAGUUGAUAUACAAAGCCAUUUUCAGUGGGUAAGGAAUUUGUGCCAGGAAAAAAAAAGUUUUAUUUAAGGUUAUUCAUUAGUACCCAAAAGGGUACAUUUGUUGUUUGGACAGGAGUUUCGGCAUCCCAAAGAACAAGCUGCUGGUCGCUGCAAACUCCCAUGGGAUUCGUCUUCAUCUCUUUGCUCUGCCUUGUCUUUUUAUCCACCCUGAGUCCAAACUGCCUCAUUUCUAUUUCAAAACAUCAGUUUAUGAUUAAGAAAAAAAUAAGAAACGUGACUCUACAUCAGUAGAGAACUACUGCUCUACAGUUUAUAUGUGGCACCAAUGCAGUGCAUGCCAUCCCUCUUGCUUAUAGUGAUAUCUAAAAGCAGUAAGUCCACUGCAAUGCAGUGCAUGCAAAACAUGCAAAAUUAAAUUGAUCUUUGGUAUCAUUAUCUAGGUAUGUUUUGUCUGACUUUGUUAGUACGAUUUCAGUCAGACGAACAUGUUUACAUGCAUUUAAAUGCCCGGUUUUAGUCGGACUUUCACAAUAGUCCAACGUUUAUCGGUAUGAAAACGUACUGACUGUCACAGUGUUUUACUGCCCUUAAUUUAACCCCAAAGGCACAUCUUAAUUCACAGAGGGAGAAAAGAUCACAAACACUGACUCACUCACACCAGAGACUUGCCUGCCGUGUCAGUUGUGUACUGUCAGCCACUGAGCAGUUCUGCUGGAGCAGUCGGAGGUUCAGUGCCUUGCUCAAGGGCAUUUCAGCCGUCGUUGUUGUUAUCGUGGCAAAAAUGUGCUUUUCAUUCUUAUCCCUCACUGUGUUCUUUCUUUUUUUAAACAACCUUCUCCUCCAGGGAUUGUAACCUGUGAUCAUCUGGUCACAAAAUCUGAACCUUUAGGCUACAGCCGCCCUCACGACGCUCGCCUGGUGCUGUCUGGAACUAUGCUACAUCAAACCGAAAAAAUAUCUCAACAAAACACAUCUUUUUUCAUGAUAUGCAGGAGAUCAACUUUGUACUUUUUGAAUCACGGUGGUAAAAGUUGACGGGAGUUUCUACGCUGAUCAGAAAUCCAGACAACUGACAGAAAUCCUGUCGUUGCUGUGAGAAUGAAGUCCUGAUUAAUGUAGCUCUAGUCCAAUUUGAUACUCCAAUUUGUGAACAUUUUUAGAAAACAGAUCAAGUGUUGUUUGCUUUACUGAUUUUAGUCAAGUUAAAAAUAAACCAAAAAGUUUCAAAAUAGUUUGAACACUAAAAAGUGUUUUCAUGUGAAAUGAUAAGAGAUGUAAGAAUCGCUGCAGCUCCUCCUUCAUAAGAGAUGAAGACUGAUGGAAGAGGAGGAGCUGCGCUGGUUGCUCUGUGGUUGUAGUUGCACUCGAGUUUCAUGCUUGCGGAGAAGAAACCAAGUGGGAACAAUAUGGUUAAAAUUGUUCUGAGUCUUUUAUUUUCUUCCCACUUUCAUUUCUUUGGGGAAUUUUUUGGGUGACUGGCUUUUUUUCUGUCCUUCACAUGCAUUUGUGUGUUUAU